UUAUUCUAUGGGAGAUAAAAAUUAUGUUGUGCUUCCACCACGCGUUCGUGCAAUACCCAUAAGCGAUUUGACUAUAUUUGGGGGAAGUAGUGGUACUCGACGAUAUUACAAAGGCAAAGAAAAUUUAUUAAAAAUUUUCGAAAAAUAUUAUUAUAGCAGAAAAAUAUGAAAUACCAGAAUUUGUUGGACGACUAGAAGACCAAACAUAUUUAAAUGGGGACAAUUUUGUUUUGCGAAUAGGAUAUAAGGGCUGUCCUGAACCGUUAGUUCAAUG